UUCAUAACAAAACCAAACCUGUUGAGGUGUCCGCUGGGUAACAUGAGUGCAGUGUGGGCGGCGUCAACCACACAAUCACCGGGACUGAUGCUGGCUGGCCGCCCGUCUUUCCCUCUCUGAAGGGCUGCUAUUUCCAUCAGUGAAAACGCUGAAAUGCUGCCAUUAUGAUGGAGGACCAAAGGGCCGACAGGCACCUGAUACCCGAUCCCCCACCCCCCACCCCUUCGCCUUUGCUGUCGUUUCAUAUCUCAUACAGCCGCAUGUGUACAGAAGCACUCAAUGCGGGACCUGUGAUGGCAGUGAGGGAAACCCCCUCUGCUCGGAAAUGGGGAACAAACAGACCAUCUUCACCCCCCAGCAGCUAGAUGCCUACCAGGACUGUACAUUCUUCACCAGGAAAGAAAUCUUGAGGCUGUACCAACGCUACCGUGACCUGGCCCCACAGCUCGUGCCGCUCGACUACACCAGCAAGCCAGAUGUGAAGCUGCCUUAUCAGCUGAUCGGCAGCAUGCCAGAGCUGAAGGAUAACCCUUUUCGCCAGAGAAUAGCAGAGGUGUUCUCAGAGGAUGGCGAGGGAAACAUGACUCUAGAUGACUUCUUAGACAUGUUUUCAGUUCUAAGCGAAAUGGCACCAAGAGACCUGAAAGCCUAUUAUGCCUUUAAGAUUUAUGACUUCAACAAUGAUGACUUUAUCUGUAAGUCGGACUUGGAGAACACGCUGACAAAGCUGACCCGCAGUGAGCUGACCGAGGAUGAGGUGAGGAUGGUGAGCGAGAAGGUCCUCGACGAGGCAGACCUGGACAACGACGGGCGUCUGUCGCUAGAGGACUUCCAGCACAUGAUUGUCCGCGCUCCAGACUUCCUCAGCACUUUCCAUAUAAGGAUAUAAAAGCCACUAUGUUGUGAAUCCAUCUGAAGAGAACAGCCUGGGAG